AUGUGCUUUUGUAAAAGGAAAACUGAGAGUAAGGAAGAUGCAGUUGAUUCAAAUAAGCGAGGUGAAAAUAAUUGUCGUGAGCAGCCACCGCCAGCUCAGCCGGUCCCACCGCCUCAGGACACUGAAAAGAAGCUGAAAAGUGCACCACGGGAGGCUGUUUUCAGUAGGAAGAAGGCCAGAAAAGUCCGCGAAGAUGACACAAUUACACAUAUUCCUGAUGAUAUGCCCGACUUGGAAAUCAAUCGAGAACAUACGGAACCAUUCUACACGGAUGAGCAACUCAUGUAG